GGAACCCUGUUGACUGGAUCAUUCCUGUUAUCUAAAUUGACACAAACCCGGUACGAUUAUAACGCUACUCGGGUUCACACCCUUGCCGAGGAAGAACGACUCCAGCUCGAUCGUAACCGUAAGCGAGUUGACCUACGUGAAGAGUAUUUUCGAUUAAGUCAACCGGGCGACGUAGGAGACUCGUUCGUCUCCGCACGUCCAGGCGGUACCCAGCAAGCACCUGAGGUGAACAACAAAAAGAAUCGCCAGAGAAAUUGGGAAUGGGACGGUGAACAAGUUCGGGUACCUCGCCCGCCUGGGAUGGCUGAGUGGGGAGCUGUUGACCCACGGGAAAGGAGCCCUGAUGCUGGCACACGACUGGUCUGA